AGGUCUGGGCCGCGCUAAAGUCUCAGCCUUUGACAUGCAAACUGUGCCAUGCCGCACUAACCCUUAGGCGUGCAUGAUACGCGUUCGGGUCAGCCACGAACGCAAACUGAAGCCCUGCGAGUUCUCCUGUGUUUGCCCUUUCACCCAGGCUCUGGCUGCUAGCGGACCAACCUCCUUCCUCUGGCUCCCCCGGUUCCGAAAGCUAAGCUAGGUGGUGUCGCACUCACCUGGUUACAGAUACUGGGCAAUAUCAGCUGGCUGUUGGAGGUCCUUGGGCAAACUGUGUGUGAGAUGGGACGUACGUCGAAGGACAAGCGAGAUGUCUACUACCGCCUGGCCAAGGAGAAUGGCUGGCGUGCCCGCAGCGCCUUCAAACUGCUACAACUUGAUGAACAAUUCCAGCUUUUUCAAGGUGUGACACGGGCAGUUGACCUGUGUGCAGCCCCAGGCAGCUGGAGCCAGGUACUGAGCCAGAAGAUUGGAGGCCAGGGUUCUGGCCAUGUGGUGGUGGCUGUGGACCUGCAGGCUAUGGCUCCAGUACCAGGUGUGUUACAGAUCCAGGGAGAUAUCACCCAGCUAUCCACUGCCAAGGAGAUCAUCCAGCAUUUUGAGGGCUGCCCUGCGGACCUAGUAGUGUGCGACGGGGCUCCCGAUGUAACUGGCCUCCAUGAUGUUGAUGAGUAUAUGCAGGCCCAGCUCCUUCUAGCCGCUCUGAACAUUGCUACACAUGUCUUGAAGCCGGGGGGCUGCUUUGUGGCCAAGAUAUUCCGAGGCCGGGAUGUGACGCUUCUCUACAGCCAGUUGCGUGUCUUCUUCUCCAGCGUGCUCUGUGCCAAGCCCAGGAGCAGCCGGAACUCCAGCAUUGAGGCCUUCGCUGUCUGUCAGAGUUAUGACCCUCCUGAGGGCUUCACUCCAGACUUGUCCAGACCCUUGCUGGACCAUUCUUACGACCCAGAUUUCAACCAGCUGGAUGGUCCCAGCCGCAUCAUUGUGCCUUUUGUGACCUGUGGGGACCUGAGCUCCUAUGAUUCGGAUCGCAGCUACCCACUGGAUCUAGAGGAUGGCUCAGAGUACAAGUAUACUCCACCCACACAGCCUCCCAUCUCGCCACCGUACCAGGAGGCUUGCAGGUUGAAGAAGAAGGGAUGGCUGGCCAAGGAGAUCCGCCCUCAGGACCACCCCAUCAGCAGAGUGGAUACAUUGCCCCAACCCCUGGCCGCCCCUGAGUCUCACACCCUGCUGGCCCCUGAGAUGGAAGACAAUGAAAUGAACUGUUCACCUUAAUCCAUUAAGCUGGCAUGCUGAUACAACUCAGAAACAGCUCGCUAUCAGGAAAACCGGAACUUGAGUUGAUGAACUUGUUUUCAGAUAUCUCAUCAAUGGGGCCUGAAUGAACAAGCCCUGAGUAGGAAUCUGCAUCAAUCAUCAUGAAGACAAUAAGGAAAGAAAGACACCACAGAAAUCUGUGCUGCAAUAGGAAUUGACAAUACGGAAAGAAACACACUGCAGAAAUCUGUCUGUGCUGCAAUAGGAAUUCUUGAGUGAAGUCUUACCUCUUCUCUAAACCUCAUCAGGGAUGUCCAGAUUAUAUCCAGAAUUUCCCCUGAAAGCAGAGGGUCUUAACCUGUAUAGGAAUCAGGGGUAUUCAUGAACUUGAUGAAGGAAAAAUGUUACAUGUUUCACUAAUGUAACAGAAAUGUAGCCUUACUCUCAGUUACAAAUGCUGGCAACUAAUGGCAAUAGUAAAAGCAGUACUUGCAACUUUCCCACCAAUACUGUUACUUUUUAUGCUACAUUACAAUUGUUGCAGGCAUCUUGAAAUACUAUUCACAUUCAUCACCACUUGAAAUGAUAGCAGAUCUUAUAAUUUGAUGUACUAAUAAAUUGA